AUGGAGUCAACAGAAUCAUCGACUAUGGACGAGACGACCAAGCCCACGUCGAGUCCUAUGACCACGAUGGCAGACACAAUGACAUCGCAAGAAACCACCAUCAUAGAGUCAACAGAAUCAUCGACUAUGGAUGCGACGACCAAGCCCACUUCGAGUCCUACGACCACGAUGUCAGACACAAUGACAUCGCAAGAAACCACCAUCAUAGAGUCAACAGAAUCAUCGACUAUGGACGCGACGACCAAGCCCACGACGAACCCUACGAUCACGAUGUCAGACACAACGACAUAUGAAGAAACCACCACCUCCACAUAUUCUCCGGAGGAAUAUGAGUACGGCGGGUCGUUCUACAAUUUCAGCACUUGCAAGGUGAAUCACACUUCUGCUGUUUCAGCUUGUUCCCAAUACGGAUCCCACCUGGUCUUCAUCGAGUCGCAAGAGGAACAGGACUUCAUCGAAGGGGUUGCCAGUCAGGACUACUGGAUCGGGCUGAACGGCACAAAUUGUGGCAAAAACGGCUGGUGUGAAAAGACUACGGUAGGCUACAACUGUCACUGCUCAAGUGGGUUUCAAGGGCGACACUGCGAUGAAGAAGUCACAGUGUCGACGACUGAAACGACGACCAAGCACACGACGAGCCAUACGACCACAAUGUCGGAACGCUCAGACGCAACGACUACUCAAAACACCACUACAUCGGAGUCGGUGACAACGGAAGCGACGACCAAACCAGCGACGAGCCUUGUGACCACGAUAGUUAACAGAAUCAUCGACUACGGACGCGACGACCAAGCCCACGACGAACCCUACGAUCACAAUGUCAGAUACAACGACAUUGCAUGGAACCACCACCUCCAAGUCAACAGAAUCAUCGUCUACAGACGCGACGACCAAGCCCACGACGAACCCUACGACCACGAUGUCAGACACAACGACAUCGCAAGAAACCACCCCCUCCAGUAA